AUGGGAUUGCUGUUCCUGGGGAUGCUUCGAGCCUUCCCAAAGGAUCGACCACUCAAGACCACCUGUGCAGGAGACCCCAGCUACUACCCUGGGGAGGCUGCUGGCAGCUGCUGUUACCGCUGUCCCUCAGGUUUGUCUCCAACACAGCCAUGCCCACAGAGUCGUGCCCACUGCAGGAAGCAAUGUGAUCCCGACCACUAUGUGAACGAGGAUGGGUACUGCACAGCUUGCGUGACCUGUUUGGAAGGUCUCGUGGAGAAGGCUCCAUGCUCCAGGAACUCUUCCCGCCUCUGUGAGUGUCAGCCUGGCAUGUACUGCAAAACGCCAGCUGUCAAUUCCUGUGCCCGCUGUAAGGCACACUCCCGCUGUCCUGGGGGGAAGGUGGUCAAGUUCCCAGGCACGGCGGAAAAGGACACCGUCUGUGAGUUUCCUUCCCCAGGAGCUGGCCCUGAUUGCUCCAAUCCAGAUGACUGCAAGACACUUACUAGCCACGCCACUCCUCAGGCCACGCCUACUCUGAAGUCCCCACCCACUGAUGGUAUGAGGAGCACCCGCCUUGUGCAGGAAGAUGCUGCUGGACUGUCGCAUGUUCCAGAGUCUCCCUCUUCCCAGGCAAGGGAGCCCAACCCAGACCCAGAUAAUGCAGAGAUGAAUAUGACCUUGGAGCUGCAACCUCCAAGGACCCUCCCUGACUUCAGCACCUCAGGAAACAGCGAGGAGCCUGCCAGUACCGCCUCUACCCAGAGCCUCCUGGUAGAUGCCCAGACCAGCAGUAGGAUGCAGCCUACCUCUCCCUUGUCCACAGGAACACCAUUUCUGGAUCCAGGGCCCAUGCUCUUCUGGGUGGCCAUGGUGAUGCUGCUGGUUGGCUCCAGCUGUUUCUUCCUGUGUUACUGGAAGGCCUGCAGGAGGCGGAUCCAGCAGAAGUUCCACCUGGACUACCUAGCCCAGACCUUCCAGCCGAAGUUGGAGCCGGUGGACAGUAGGAUCAGGAGUUCAAGGUCAUCCUCACAGCUGAAGAGAAGUGAGUCAGUGACAGAUCCCAUCACAGGACACAAGUCGAGCCCAGUGAACCCUCCAGCUGUGGAGACUUGUACCAAUGUUGGGGCGGCCUGCCUGGAGAGCCUGCCACUGCUGGAUGAAAGCACAGCUGGGAAUCCUUUGACCCCCAGGGAACCUCCAGAGCCCCGAGUAUCCACGGAACACACGAAUAACAGGAUUGAGAAAAUCUACAUCAUGAAGGCUGACACCGUGAUUGUGGGUUCUGUGAAGACCGAAGUCCCUGAAGGCCGGGCUCCAGCAGGAUCGACCGAACCUGAGUCAGAAGCUGAAUUGGAAGUGGACCAUGCCCCUCACUACCCGGAGCAGGAGACGGAACCACCUCUGGGCAGCUGCACUGAGGUCAUGUUCUCAGUAGAAGAAGGAGGAAAAGAGGACCACCGGCCCACGACUGUAUCCGAGAAGUGA